AUGUCUGGUGUGCACUACUCGAAGCUCAUAUCGCUAGAUAACCUGUUUUCAGCUUCAGAUGUGCUUCUGGAGGCAGUCUAUUCAAACACAAAGCUCGAGUAUCUUCUUCGUGGAGCACAGGAUAAGGUAGAACCAGUACCUGAGUUGAAAGAGUCUACUGAACUUGUCAAGCUAGAUACGUCAGAUGAAAUCCAACAAAAGAAAGAGUUACCACAGCCUUCGAGCUCACUACGAAAAGUUCUUUUGGGCGCCCACGAUGGCUGGGUUCGGUCUUUGGCUGUGGAUCCUGUGACCAAUGGAUGGUUUGUUUCUGGAGGAGGAGACAGCAAGAUAAAGAUCUGGGAUUUGGUCCUGGGGUCUUUGAAAGCAUCGCUUUCUGGCCAUAUCAUAUCGGUUAGGGCGCUUCAGGUGUCGAAACGGUACCCGUACUUGUUUUCUGGCUCUGAGGAUAAGACAGUUAGGUGCUGGGACUUGGAGAGAACCAAUUCUCCUUCUGGUUGUCAAAUCAGGAAUUAUCAUGGCCAUGUUGGCGGUGUUUACGCUAUGGCAUUGCAUCCAGAACUCGAUUUGUUGUUUACUGGUGGAAGAGAUGCUGCUAUUCGGGUCUGGGAUAUACGAAGCAGAACACAGGUUAUGGUGCUUACAGGCCACAAGGGCGAUGUUCUGAGCAUUGUGUCGCAAAUUGGCGACCCACAAAUAUGUUCGUCGUCUAUGGACGGUACAGUCAGGCUCUGGGACUUGAGAAAGCAGAAAACCCACUUGACGCUAACACAACAUCGUAAGUCUGUUCGUCUGUUGGUUAUGCAUCCUCGUGAAAUGACCAUGGCGUCUUGUGACUCCACAGGCAGCAUACGGGAAUGGCUUCUCCCUGGCGGAGAGCUUCUUUCUGAGUUUGGAGAAACAGGCACAGAAACCAUGUCUCCAGUGAUCAACACGCUCUCCAUUAAUCCAGCUUCUAAUGAACUCUUUGCUGGGUAUGGAGACGGCAGAAUGUCGUUCUACGACUACGAAUCUGGACAGAAAUUAUGA